GCGGAACGCGUAAGGUCGAGACGGACUAUCGCGUCAAGAGCGUACCUUACGUUUCGUUGCGGCAAGUGUCAAUUGACACUUUGCAACGUUUUGAACUAAACUUUGUUGUACUGUUUUGCCGGUCUUUAAUUGAUCGUGUGGGGAAGAGCAAAAGUGCCUGUGCAGAGUGUACAGCCAAGCUACCAACAACCUGAAGGUUGCAACAAUCCGAACUCUGGCUUCGUGCUGAGCACUUUGUAGUCAGUGACUGUACCAAGGCGCCAUUCCCUCUUGCACCUCAAGGUUGCCGAAACGCUCUAGUCUUUUUCCGCUUUGAUCAUCAGUAGUGAUAGUAUGGGUUUAAAUUGUUCCAAAUGCGCUGCGUUAGAACCCGCCGACAGCCAAAUUUCCAGUACGCGACAAGAAUCACCAGACCCGGCCAUGUACGACUUGAUGCGCCGUUCGGUCGAGUACACGUCACGGCCUCAUCCUGGUACUGUGGAAGUAGCCACACCGGAAAAGACGACUGCCUCCACGGAAACAGCGAGCGCCGCCGCGGCUGGACAGUUCCAUCUGCUGUACAAGCAGCAACACAAGACAGCCAAACUUCCGCAUGAACUAGAAUCCCUACAAAGUCUCAAGAAGGCUACCAGGAAAACCUCUUCUGUGUACUGUCCUACCCGCUUGCUGGUUCGACGACAUUCUGUACGUCAUUACGAAGAAGGCAUGAGUGGAACCCAUAUUUACGCGAUUCGCUAUCCCAUCGAUAAGCCUUUGGAGUUGCGGGGGUACAAGGGAGAAACAACGACUGUCACUACGGGACAGGAGCAAGCACCCCAUCGCCACAAGAGCCCAGCCUUGCAGCAGCAGCAGAAGCAGCUCUACAACUCAACAGCAACGUCAGCCUCCGUCACUACGGCUACGAACAAAGCAAGUAUCGCACAAUCAAGCUCUUCAAACGCAGCAUCAAGCGGGAAAAAAACCACGCCGGUGGGACCGGUAGAACCAGCAAGCGACAAAUGGCCAGCUUUGAAAGAUAAUCCGGAACAAGGAGCGGUGGAUCAGUUGUUUAACCCCAUUACAAUGCUAGCACCACCGAAACGACGAGUUGCUGAAUGGGUGACUAUCAGCUCGGAGCACAACAUUUACGUUGCCGACGUUGGUUUAACUAUUGCCGAGUGCGAUCGCCUGGUCCAAGUGACGGAACAGGUUUGUCGUGGCCAGUACGCUGCCUACACGUACGCGAAGCAAACGUUGGGAUGUCGGGAAUUCCCACCGUUGGCACACGCGUGUCAGGAUGCGGUCCACGCCGUCACGCACGCAAUUUUGGAGUAUGGGAAAAAUUCGGCGCUCGCCUUGGAUGAUCGGGAACCUCACAUGGUCAAAUACGAUGUCACCAAGAAAGAACGUCAAAAAUUGGAUAUGCAUACAGACAAAAGUGAAUGGACCUUUUUGAUUGCCUUGUCGAACGGAUCCGGUUUGGAUUACGAAGGUGGCGGGACGUUCUUUGAGUGCCUUGAUUCAACGGUGCACGUACAGCGCGGUCACGCCUUGAUUUUUCCGGGCAAGCUUCGGCAUUGUGGGCAGCGCAUUACAUCUGGAUUACGUUUUUUGCUGGUAGGAUUCUUGGUGGACAAGUCGACGCCUUCAUCAAAAGAAUCAAAUGCGACGCAGACUACAACAUCGACGAAAGAGGAUAUUUAGAUUGCCCCCCAUGUGGACGGCUGAGGUGACGUGCAUACACUGUGAAAAGAGCAACGUGAUGAAUUUGGUAGAGAGGUGCGGCUGCGUCUCUUGAGGUAUUCGUGUGAUCAUUAGAACACAAAAUCUUUUGU